UUAAUGAGAGGGUUCAAGGUCACGCGCAGAUGACCUUUCUGCGCAAUAGCUUUCCAGUUGUCAACCUCGUGUUAAAUAGGUGUUUGCGCUGUGUACCAAUGGCAGGAAAUCUUCAAUGUGGAUUAGCUGUCGCUUUGAGUGAGAAAUCUAUCCCACCUCCACCUAGCUUUAUCAAACAUCGUGAAGAACUGUGGAAUAAAUUAAAGAAGGAGUAUGAUGAUUUCGUCGCCUCUCAGCCUCGUUCCCCUAUCCAGAUUACACUGCCGGAUGGUACCAUUGUGGAUGGGAAGGCUUGGGAAACUACACCGAUGGAAGUGGCCAAAAACAUCAGUAAAACUUUAGCAGAACAUGCUGUGAUUGCCAAGGUCAAUGGAGAAUUAUGGGAUUUAUUACGUCCUUUCGAGAAGAGUUCUAGUCUUGAAGUCUAUAAUUUCGACCACAAAGAUGGCGAGUAUGUAUUUUGGCAUUCCUCUGCGCAUGUCCUUGGUGAAGCCCUAGAACGUUGUUAUGGUGGUCAUCUUUGUUACGGACCACCUGUCGAAGAAGGGUUUUAUUAUGAUAUGUGGCUUCCUAAUCAACAACAAUCUGGACUUCGACCAGAAGAUCUGAAUGUUGUGGAGAAUUUGUGUCACAAUAUUUGCAAAGAAAAUCAACCAUUCGAAAGAUUGGAAAUGAAAAAAGAGGAUUUACUUAAAAUGUUUGCUUAUAAUGAAUUCAAGUGUCGUAUAAUCCGAGACAAGAUUGAUACACCAACUACUACUGUUUAUCGCUGUGGUCCUCUUAUUGACUUGUGUCGUGGACCACAUGUUAGACAUACUGGUUGUAUAAAAGCUUUGACAGUUACCAAAAGCAGUUGUUCUUACUGGGAAGGUCGAGUGGAUGCUGAAGCCCUUCAGCGUGUAUAUGGUAUUUCAUUUCCAGAUCCGAAACGUUUGAAAGAAUGGAAACACAUGCAGGAAGAGGCAGCCAAACGAGAUCAUCGUAAACUUGGAGUUGAACAGAAAUUGUUUUUCUUUCAUGAAUUAUCACCUGGUAGCUGUUUCUUCUUACCAGCCGGUGCGCAUAUCUACAAUACACUGGUUUCAUUUAUACGUUCUGAGUACUGGAAACGUGGUUUCCAAGAGGUGAUCACUCCAAAUAUUUACAAUUCUGCCUUAUGGGAGCAAAGUGGGCAUUGGCAACACUAUAGUGAACAUUUAUUCAAAAUCGAUGUUGAGAAACAAACAUUCGGUUUAAAGCCUAUGAAUUGUCCUGGUCACUGUUUGAUGUAUGCCAAAGAGAUUCGUUCACAUAGGGAAUUACCACUACGAUUUGCUGAUUUUGGUGUUUUGCACAGAAAUGAAUUUUCUGGUGCUUUAACUGGACUUACACGGGUUCGUCGGUUCCAACAAGAUGAUGCACAUAUUUUCUGUCGUGAAGAUCAGAUUAAAGAUGAAAUUAAAAAUUGUCUAGACUUUUUACGAUAUGUAUACGGAGUAUUCGGUUUCUCAUUCGAAUUGUAUCUGUCAACCCGUCCAGAAAAGUUCAUGGGUGAAAUUGAAAUGUGGAAUCGUGCUGAAAAGCAAUUAAAAGAAAGUAUGGAUGAAGUCGGUAUGAAAUGGCAACUUAAUCCUGGUGAUGGUGCAUUCUAUGGACCUAAAAUAGAUAUAACUAUAAUGGACGCUUUACGUCGUCGUCAUCAAUGUGCAACAAUUCAACUGGAUUUUCAAAUGCCAGUCAGAUUCAAUCUUUCCUAUGCUUGUGAAAGUGAUAUUCCAAACGGAGGUGAUACUGCUUCUAAUUCAGUCGACGGCAGCGUAUCUAACAAAGGAGCAUCUGAUCAACAAACGACUGAAGUGAAUGUUCAUCGGCCUGUUAUCAUACAUCGAGCUAUCUUGGGUUCCGUUGAAAGAAUUAUAGCAAUUCUUACAGAAUCUUAUGCAGGAAAAUGGCCAUUCUGGCUUAGUCCACGACAAGUUCUUGUGGUGCCUGUUGUUUCAGCGUGUGAUGAAUAUGCUAUUGAAGUGAAAAAUCGCCUACAUGAUGCUGGUUUCACAACUUCAAUUGACACCGAUCCUGGUCGUACAUUAAAUAAAAAGAUUAGAAAUGGACAGUUACUCCAGAAUAAUUUCAUUCUAGUGGUUGGUGAAAAAGAAGUCACUAAUGGAACUGUAAACGUUCGUACCCGAGAUAAUAAAGUUCAUGGUGAACAUCCAGUUGAACAUGUUAUCGAACGCUUUCGUCAGUUAGCCGCCUCUAGAACACUCGAGGCAGAGCAAGAAUUUUGAUAAUGAAUAAAGAAAUCAUUAACCAUGGUGGUUUUAUAUACCUCGUUGUCAAUUCUCCCCUAGUACAAAUAUAUUAAUGGAUUUUAUU